AUGGCUCUUUCUGCACCCAGCACAGAUCCGCAUGCCCUAAUUGCGCAAGAGACAAGCGCCAGUCAAAUUUUCCACAAGUUCACAGCAGACACUGCUUGGCAACUAGGGAAUGCACUAAGGAACCGAAUCCUCCGCCUCCCGAAUGGACAACGCAAACCCGCCCUGAUCUCCAUUGCGCUCAACGGAGUCCCGCUCCAUGUGGUGUUCCAGUCUGUGACGGAAAGCGGGACAAUCCCGGACAACGAGAACUGGGUGCGACGGAAGCGCAACACCGUGCUUCGCUGGGGUGUUUCGAGCUGGGCUAUGAGACAGAAGACUAUUAGUGGGCUUGCGGCUGGCGCCUCGGCCGACCAGAUCGAGGCUGCUUUUGUUAAGAAGUAUGCUGUUCCGAGUGCCACUGGGGGUGCUGUUGCGGAUGAGUACGCUAUCCAUGGCGGUGGCUACCCGAUCCGCGUGCAUGGUGUUGAUGGGGUUAUUGGCGUUGUUGUUGUCAGUGGUUUGGCGCAGGAGGAUGAUCAUCAGGUUGUUGCGGAGACUAUCCAGGAGUUUGUGGCUCAACAAGCUAAAUAA